UAUUAAAAUGUUGGGCGGUAUAUGCAACUAUACAACACACACACAUCAUGAGUGGGAGCCGCUACUCUGGCCGUUUAGUGAGAGCGUCUUGAGUUAUGACAAGAAUAUGGAGGGUGGGUCUAAUGCAAAUUGCUUCGUGUACAUUUGGAAAAGAGCGUGUCAUUAGCAACUUUAGGGAGAUUUCAACGAGGGUCGAUCCCUCACGGGCUUCCGUAUGUAGCUCCGGCUGAGGCGAGGUAAAUCCGAAAGUCAGCUAUCCCCCGACUAGGCCCCGCCCCCAUCUCAGCUAGCCACGCCUCGGUUGGAAUGUUGCGCUCCGGCGGGUUUGGUCCAUUGAGAAAGUAGCUAUGAUCCCGGCUGCCUGAGGUUUGGGAGCGAGCGGCUACGGGUCGCUGUUAUUGUCUGGUACCGACACGAACACUUGCUGCCAGACAGCCUUGUUACCGCUGCACUGGGGAAAGCCCUGAAAUCACCCGUCUGCACCCACAGGAAUAGCCCGGCUGGAGCGCACAGGGUGGGGACUCAUUCUCAGCACUAGCACUCGUACAUUAUCAGCUCGCAGCAGUCUCUCGAUCCCUGGCAGCUUGGGGCAGCGCAUCGUACUCAGGACUGCGGGGGGAUCUCCACCAUCGCAUCUUUACCUCUCCGCACUCUAUAAGGAUCCUUCUCGUUGCUUCAACCCCGUGUGCCGACUCGUGUGUAACCCAAGGGCUGACGGCCAAUGUGGGCAUGUGGGCAGCUUGAACCUGCCUGGUCCUCCAGCCCCACCCCCUGCCCGGCCACCCUGACUGCCCAGCGCACAGACAUGUCCAGAAGGAAACAGAGCAAUCCCAGACAGAUCAAACGUUCCCUUGGAGACAUGGAAGGCACAGAAGCAAAGUUUAUAGAGGAGCCAAAUCAUUCUGACAAAGAUGGAGCCUACUCAGAUCAGGAUGGGUCAGUGGAUUGUGAUUCUCCUAGCCCUGUCAACAGUGACAGCAAUGAAGAAAAUGGAUGUAAUUCUGUGACUCAGUCUUUGGAGCAAGAAAGUGAAGAAGCGGCCUCAAAACCUUCCGUUGAACUUGGUCAGAUCACAAAAUCUCCCUGUACUUCAGAGGGGGAGUUAAGAGAAGAUGAAGAAAACAUUCAGGAGUCUAGAAGCCCAUCCAGUACUGAAGAUGCUGAAGAACCACAAAUAUGGAAUGGGCCAGAUGAGCUGGAAUUGGAAAUUUCUUCUACAGAUGGAGUUGGACAUAUUCGUGCCAGAAGUCAGCUGCACAAAGGCUUCUCUUGGGGACCCUACAAAGGGAACUUCACCGGCUCCUCGUCUUCGCCUAGCCCAGCUGACUUGAGCAUCUCCCUUUCAUUGGAUGUAGAUGAUGAUUGCUGGCUGAAGUAUAUGACAUUAGUCUCCUGUGAAGCUGAAGCUAAUGCUGUUCUCUACCGGAAAGGGGACCAAAUCUGGUGCAAAACAUCACAAACAGUGGAACAAGGUGAAGUUAUCCAAGCUUUCUUAAUGGCUGAGCCCCAGGCCAUUCCCAACUACACAAUAAAAGAAGAGCCAGGAGAGACUUCUCAGUGUACUUCUACUUUACCAGAGUUCCAACUGCUCCCCCAGCAGGCCGGCAUGGCUGCCAUCCUUGCCACAGCUGUUGUCAACAAGGAUGUAUUUCCUUGUAAGGACUGUGGAAUCUGGUACCGCAGUGAGAGAAACCUCCAGGCACAUCUCAUGUAUUACUGUGCCAGCCGCCAAAGUUCUACAUCCCCAUCUAUGGAAGAGAAACCUAAGGAUUCCUACCCCAAUGAGAGAAUCUGCCCUUUUCCGCAAUGCAAAAAGAGUUGCCCUAGUUCCAGCUCACUGGAGAUUCAUAUGAGAAGUCAUAGUGGCGAGAGACCGUUUGUAUGCCUGAUCUGUCUGUCUGCCUUUACUACCAAAGCCAACUGUGAGCGCCAUCUUAAAGUUCACACAGACACUCUGAAUGGUGUGUGCCAUGGCUGUGGAUUCAUCUCAACCACAAGAGAUAUCCUUUACAGUCAUCUAGUGACCAAUCACAUGAUCUGCCAACCAGGAUCCAAGGUUGAUGUUUACCCUGUUGUAAAAGCAGUACCUACAGUCAACUCAGCAAACCCAGUUGUGAACCAAAUAGCCUCUAUCAAUCUUCUGAAAUGUGACUUGUGUGGAUUUCUGGCAGAUGGACUUCCAAGCCUUCAGCAACAUGCACUUCUGCACACUACAAAUUUUGUGCCUGUUGCCACUCACUCUGUCAAAUCCUCCCCUGAAAAUCAAAAGGAAAAACUAGACCUUAAAGGGCAAGAAAAUGGAGAUGCCAAGUCACCGAUCUCAUCGUCUUCUGCUAGUGAAGAGCCCCCUCUAAAAAUCAACAUAAAACUGGAGCCAGAAGGGCAAUACAGCAUCAGUGAAGCAGGAAGUACCAUUUGUGAGACAAAAGAUGGAGUAGCAUUAGUGCAAUCACCAGCCAUAAAGGUAAAGACUGAAAUGUCUAGUCCUACUCCUGGGUCAAGCCCUGUUCCUAAUGAGACAGCUGCAACUGGUGGGGGAAGAGUAAUUAUCCCAAACUAUGUAUUUGGGCAAGAGGCUACUGCAGCUAUAGUCCCUCAGGCAUCUGAGAUUCUUGCCAAAAUGUCCGAGUUAGUACACAGUCGUUUAAAACAGGGCCAGGCAGUUACUCCAGCAGGGUUUUCAGGGUCUGCUGCGCCAAAAGGUGCUACGUGUUUUGAGUGUGAAAUUACCUUUAAUAAUAUUAACAACUACUAUGUACAUAAAAGAUUGUAUUGCUCUGGAAGGCAUGUUUCAGAUGAAAGUUCUAGUGGUGCCCGUAAGGUCAAGGCUUUACCAGCUAGAACAUCGUUAGCAUCCUCUACUGAACAAGAAGCAUCACCACCACAAGAAGAUGCAGGAGGAGAGAGCAGUGCGCCAGUAGUUACAGUGAAACUAGAGGAGAACUCUGGCAUGGAUUGUGAAGGAGCAGGAAGUGAUCAUGUGAGUGAGGGCAGUCAGAGCCCCAGCUCCUUAGACGAUCCAGACGAAGACCCAAACCGGACAGUUUGCGAGGCAUGCAACAUCCGUUUUAGUCGCCAUGAGACAUAUGUAGUGCACAAACGGCACUACUGUGCAUCACGACAUGACCCACCAUUGCGUCGUAGUGGAGUAAACAAACUUGGGCCUCCGUAUGCCACUCAGCCAACUCCACGCACACGGAAACGGCGUAAGUUAUAUGAAAUUCAUGGUGUUGCUCCAACAGAAUCCACCCUUUCCUCACCACAUCCACUGGGAAGGGUAGAAGCUAUGGCACUGAUGCCAGGUCUGAUACCUGCACCUGCUAUGCCUUCCCCAAGUUCUAGUCCAGAUGCUGCUGAUGGGCCAAUAGAUCUAAGCAAGAAACCCCGCUUGGUGGCAGAAGUACCAGCUCCAUCUGCAGCUGCCACUGUGGCACAACUUGCUGACUACCAUGAAUGCACUGCAUGUCGCAUUAGUUUUAACAGCUUGGAAAAUUACCUCGCUCACAAAAAGUUUUCCUGCCCUACUGCACCUCUACAGCAAAAAGCUAUUCAGCAACUUCAGAAAAUUAAAUCUCCUUCAUCUGCUACUGGGAAGCCUGUAGAUUAUACUGUGAAGGUAAAAGUGGAAAGCAGGGCAGCUCUGAGUCCAGGAUCUGUUGGUGAGACCAUUCAGCCUCUUGCUUUGCCACUCUCUACUAUCUCAGACCCCAAACAACUGAAGCAGUACUCCGCUGUCACAGAAACAUCCCCAUCUGCAACAACUUGUCCUUAUUGUCCUCAUAAUGUGAUAAUACGAGGUGACCUGCUUGAACAUUUUAGAAGUGUCCAUGGUCUCAUACUGGCAAAGCCAACAGCAGGGCACAGAUUACAAACCACUUUUAUGGAGGUGCUGGUGCCUGCUCGUGGACAAACAAGCAGUGCAUCAGAAAACAGCCUGCCAAGUCCACCAGCAUCAUCUGCUUCACCCCUUCAGCUGCCAGGUCUAAGGAGGGAGAAUUCUAACUACAAAGAUACUGCCUCCUCCUCCUCUUCUUCUUCUUCAGCUAAUGGUAGCCCAGUAUUGACAAGCACUCCCAGGCCUCUUAUGCCAACUUCUCCUGCCCUUCCUUCAAAUUCUCUACCAUUGACUGAAAGCCGAAGAGAAGAUGGACUUAGGGUUCUAAGUCAAGUUUUACUUCCUGGGGAGAAAGCAAUGCAGCCCCCCAAGCUCAGUUUGACUUCUCCGGUGCCCAAUGGGAACCACAGGUACUGUCGCCUUUGUAACAUCAAGUUCAGCAGUCUGUCUACAUUCAUCGCUCACAAAAAAUAUUAUUGCUCCUCCCACGCUGCAGAACAUGUGAAAUAACAGAGGCUUACCCAGUAAGAAAAUGGCUGGUUAUAAUGAGCUACACAAAUUUGGAAUGAGUACAGUUUUUAGUGUGGUCCAUGCCUUAUUGUCGGCAUCAAUUCAAAGAACAGAUGUUAAAAUAGAAGGCCCUAUGUUGAACGGACCUUCGUCUUUGAAAAGGCACUUGGUCCAGUGGAGUGGCAGUAUAGUGAAGCCACCUAUUUUAUAGACACUGAGCAAGCUUACUCUUGAAGUGGAUCUCUGUUCUCACAUCCAUAGGGUGUGACUUUUUGGAACCAUUAACUAACCACAAAAAGGUGCAAUGGUUUCUACAUAGUUUAAUCCUUCCCUCAAAGCAAAGGGGUUAUGUUUCAGUUGCAUCAGAACUUGCACUGCUUCUCCGCUCGUUGCAAAACACAAAAUGAACAUUUUAAAUAUGUUAUUUUGUACCUGCCUCCAAUUUGUUAAGCACAAGAGGGGGGAAAAAAACUGUUACAAAGGACAUAUUAAAAUGAAGGCACACGUGUCUUUGUUACAGGGUUGGGACGGGAAUAUCUGUUUUUCUAGUAAGUUAUUUUUGAGACGUAUUUAAAAGAAAUUUUAAAGAAAAAAAUUCUAAAGUGUUUUUAUAAUGUAAGCUCUUUUCCGAUAUUCAGAAUCAUGGGGUAUUUCUCCAGCAACGUUAUCUUUUUUCUAAGGCAACGUCAUGGUAUAACUGUCAGGUCCUUGUAUUAAUACUGGGAUAUUUUAUUAUUAUUAUUAGUAAUACAAGCAACUCUGCCUCUUGGCCAGCAGUCUGAAGUCUCUGAUAAUAAGUUCUCCUCUUCUAAUGGGUAUCCACUCUUGAAUUUCUCAGGUUCCCAUCUUAAAGAAGCAGGGGUCUUGUAUUACUCUGAGAAUUCACUGUGUAAAAUUUCCUGUAAAAAUGUGGCUAAUAAUGAUGGGGGCUUGAAGGGAGGGAACCAUGGAAACUCACACGCCACCUUUUUAUUAAUAAAGCCAUAACUACUGUUACCUGUCGAGAUUUUUUUACAGUGGAAGGGACUGCGUUGUAGGUUCAAUGCUACUUUGUUAGCAUUAUAUAAAAAAGAAUUUUACAUUGCUAUUUUUAUACAUCUGUAGAUCAGACGUUCAAGAAUAUGGCCAGACAGAAGAACUGAUAUUCUCAGAUGAUACGGUUUUAGUGUAUUGGAAACAGCACAGAGCAUGCCCAGAAAGUACUGGAAUUCACCGAGAGGGCUAUAUUGCUAAACAUUUAGUAGGAUAUUACCGUGUCUCUAAACACGGUUCACCUAUUGCAGAUGGCUUCACAGGUGAAUGUGACAGAUUUUUUUAAAUUCACAUACCUUUCUGCAUUCAUAAAAUGCACUGGCACAAAAAGGAAAGAGGGGUUUAAAGCACUAUUCAGAACAGGAGAGUAAUAUCUACUUUGCUUCUGAUCCCAGGGCCGUUAAUGGGUUUUUUUUUUUUAAGGUAUUUUUACAUGGCAUUAUAUGAUGACCAAAACUGGAAAACAAAAUGUGUUAAAAUAGUCCAUAAAAGUAUAUUUAUAUAUUAAUAUAGAUACCAAGAGCACUGAUUUACAAAGCAAAACACACAUUUCUGGUGACUAACGGUGUGUAUAAAUCUGUACAUAAAUAAAAAAACCUGUGUA